AUGGCGGAAUUCGUGCGUGCCCAGAUCUUCGGCACGACCUUUGAGAUCACAAGCAGGUACACAGAACUGCAGCCUGUGGGCAUGGGUGCGUUCGGCCUCGUGUGUUCGGCGAGGGACCAAUUGACCGGACAGCCCGUCGCUGUUAAGAAGAUUAUGAAACCUUUCAGUACCCCAGUCUUGUCUAAGAGAACAUACCGCGAACUGAAACUAUUGAAGCACUUGCGCCACGAAAAUAUCAUCAGCCUAAGUGAUAUUUUUAUUUCUCCCCUCGAAGACAUCUAUUUCGUAACCGAGCUCCUGGGUACCGACCUCCACCGACUGCUCACAUCAAGGCCGUUGGAGAAGCAGUUUAUCCAGUAUUUCUUAUACCAGAUCUUGCGAGGACUUAAAUAUGUGCACUCAGCAGGCGUUGUGCACCGCGAUCUUAAGCCGAGUAAUAUCCUUAUCAACGAGAACUGCGACCUGAAGAUUUGCGAUUUUGGUCUCGCCCGUAUUCAAGACCCUCAGAUGACAGGCUACGUGUCGACGAGAUACUACCGUGCGCCCGAGAUUAUGCUCACAUGGCAAAAGUAUGAUGUGGAGGUGGACAUCUGGAGCGCCGCUUGCAUUUUCGCCGAGAUGCUGGAAGGAAAGCCUCUGUUCCCCGGCAAGGAUCAUGUGAACCAAUUCUCCAUUAUCACAGAACUCCUUGGUACCCCACCGGAUGAUGUGAUUGAGACAAUCUGCAGUGAGAAUACUUUGCGAUUUGUCAAGUCUCUUCCCAAGCGCGAGCGUCAACCCCUCGCCACCAAAUUCAAGAACGCCGACCCGGAUGCGGUUGACCUUCUCGAACGGAUGCUGGUAUUUGACCCGAAGAAGAGAAUCCGCGCGGGCGAGGCGCUGGCGCACGAGUACCUUGCUCCGUACCACGACCCCACCGAUGAGCCUGUGGCAGAGGAGAAGUUCGAUUGGUCAUUCAAUGAUGCUGACCUACCUGUAGACACCUGGAAGAUCAUGAUGUACUCGGAAAUUCUCGACUUCCAUAAUAUCGAUCAGGGUACCGAGGCGGCGAGUCAAGUCCUCGUUGAGGGAGCUGGCGAUGCCCAGCAAAAUUUUGUAUAAUCGGGUUCCUUAAUUCGCGGACGAGGCGCAGGCAAUAGUGCAGCGUGUUUCUGAGGUUAUUCUCUUCUUUUUUCUUUUGUUCUCCUUGUUUGGUAUGUAGACUGGGCAUGAAGGCUGUGAUAUCUUUACAUCUACGGAUACUUUCUCAUUCACUGUCACGUGGUUGUUUUGCAAAUUCCGAGGCGCUUAUGCCUUCAGGAACUGUGGUUUUCUCAUGACGUUGUUAGAAUCGGGGGGAUUGAAAAUCAUUUAUGGCAUUGAUUUUCCCUUUCUCUUUUGGUUUCUUGUCCCUUAUAUACAAGUUACACGUGAACCAUGAAUGAUGAACUAGUUGGUGCUUGAGGGAUACUCUGAAGGCAAAUCGAACCAUUAGAACAAUUUUGCUGGUCAUUCAUCGCGCUAAUUAUUUGGUUGGUCAUGGGUGUUGUAAGUGGUGCUCCGGUGGCAGAGAUCCCAAAUAUCAGCCUUAUGGUUUAAUUAUCUUUCCGCAGAUUGAAUUAUGGGGACUAGUCGGACUUAAAACACGGGGUGGGGGGAUUAAUGUCUCCAGUUGGCAAAUUUAAUCGACCGCCAGCUUGUCACCGCCCGCCGCGGGACCCAAUGAACCAAUUCAUUAGUUCCCCCCUGGUUCCA